AUGUCUUCGGAGCCGCUUUUUGGAUACACACAUCAAGAAGAUUGCAAUCUGAACUACGGACUCUGGAUGAAGACUGUGUCAAAGGCGAUCACGUCUUCGAAGAUACCUGUCGUCUCUUUCUCUCAUUUGAAAUUGGUGCAAAUGGCUUUGCCCGCCGUACGGAUGAUUUGUUGAUGGGCGAGAGACAAGGAGAGAUGGACGCGCAUCCAGCUGGUUGUAAGAAUGACCUAUAUCAGCCAGGAUACUGUCAUUGAAUUCAGUACCAUGGGCCAAAAUUUGGAAAUUUGCUGGAGAGGUGGGCCAAACUAGUGGCAUUGGGGCAUUGGGAAGUUGAUAAGGAGGGGGUAAUGGGUGGGUUAGAAAAGUUCAAGGGGGCGGAUACAGAGGAUUUUUACAAUAUGCAUCAAAUUUUGACGAACUGGUGA